CACACGAGUUUACCGUUGAACACGGCGGAUUGUAUUUGUUUUUUUCGUAUGGGUGUAUGGACUAUUUGAAAUUCCCGCAUGCUUCAUUCAUGAUUGUUGCGGCGGUGUGAAUGACAAGCGAAAAUCUAUCACCAGAACAAAACGUGUAUAUGGCUUCAUGUUUGUGUCGAUAUCGCCGCCGGAUCCUGUGUUGCUGUUCACCAUGCAUACUGCUGCUCCCAGUCUACCUCUAUGUCACAAUAGCUUUGUUCUUUGCCAUUAAAUACAGCACACCCAAAGUUUCUGUGCUACCGCUACGAUUUGUUGCCAGUGGGCUUAAACACUCCAGUGAUCUGGCUCCCCACCCCAAGAAGUCCUUCUGGAGGACCGAGCUAGAAAGUGGAGCACUAUGGAACUUUAUCCAGCAUGUUACAGAUCGCCAGAAUAACCCAAUCCUGAGGCCUGGACUGGCUAAUUCUGCACAUGUCUCCAGUAAUUUGGCCACAGGAAAGGGGACUGGAUGUUCUCCGGAUUCUGCGAUAAUCAGUAAAAUUCCUGAUUACUCAACUCUACCAACCCAGAUGAAAAAUUUUGUCGCCACCAUGCACUGUCGAGAUUAUCCGCUAAUCAUUGCCCCUAAAGAUGUGUGCAACCACGGACCGCUGGCAAAGAUUCAGGCUCCAAUGUUGCUCAUGGCCAUCAAAACUCAGACUGCGAACUUUGAGAACAGGGAAGCAAUAAGACAAACAUGGGGGCGUACAGGAAUGGUAAAGGGCCAAGGAAGACAAGGACUUGUUCGCAGGGUCUUUCUUUUGGGGAAGACAGAAGACUUGCGUACUGAAAAGGAAUUACAACUAGAGGCUAAUAAAUAUGCCGAUAUCAUCCAGUGGGACUUUAUGGAUACUUUCUUCAACCUUACACUGAAGGAUGUGCUGUUCUGGGAUUGGUUCUCAAGGCUUUGCCCACAUGCCCACUUCAUCUUUAAGGGCGAUGAUGAUGUCUUUGUUAGGAUGCCUGCUGUCCUAGACUAUUUGCUGAAAGAGAAGGAAAAGGCUGAUGAAAGACACUUGAAAGAGUCUACGGAGACAAAUGAAAUGGAGGGGUUUGUUGUAGGGGAUAUAAUAAACAAUGCAAUGCCGAUACGCUCUAACGAGGCUAAGUACUACAUCCCGGAGAGCUUCUACAAAGGCUUGUACCCAUCAUAUCCUGGUGGAGGAGGAGUGGUUUACUCCGGUUCUCUGGCCCAUCGGCUUUUGGAGGUGUCACAAUGGGUUCACCUAUUCCCUAUUGAUGACGUUUACCUGGGCAUGUGCUUAAAAAGACUAGGGGUCUACCCUAUCAACCACCCUGCCUUCCUCACCUUUGACUUCCCCAAAGAAGAGUCCAAGGAUCCCUGUGCAAAUCACACCAUCCUCCUAGUGCACAAGCGCAGCCCAGCUGAAAUGUUCAGACUUUGGAUUGAAACGUCGACGCCCAGCUCCAGAUGUAGAAAUGCAUCACUGAGGAGUUGAUUGAUUGAAGUGGACUAUAUCCAAGUCUCAACAGGUUUUUUUGUUAGUCAAAUCAAGUUGUCACCCAGCAGAUUUAAAUUACCUGUAUUUAAAUGCCAAACAGUCAUAAUGUACUGCAGGGGUGACCAACCCUGCUCCUGGAGAGCUACCUUCCUGCAGAGUUUAGCUCCAACAUCCUAAAAUCCUAAAGACCUUGAUAAACUGGUUCAGGUGUGUUUGAUUACACAUUGAUCAGGUGUGCUCUCUCCAGCAGGGUUGGUCACCCCCUGAUGUGUGUCUUAAACAAGCUAUUAGCUUUCUUCCUCAACUUGAAAAGCUUUUUUGCUGUUAUACAUUACAUGGUGUGUUGUAUUAAUUUUGAACUCAUACUUGAAGGCUUUUUGCUAUGUAGUUUUAAAUCUUUGUAACUUUUUUUAUAAUUGAAAUCAUUUUGCUGCUUCUCAAAGGGGUUAUAAUUCUUGUACUUUUAUAAAACUAUGUG